UAGCGGCAGUAACACUAGCCGCACCACUAGCAGUAUCAAGAUCACGAAUAUUACUCGCCCCGCACCCGCUUCGUUCGAGUUACUUAGUUUUGUGUGCGACCUGAUUUCAGGAAUUUCUACCUUUUUCUUUCGUUCCAUCAUCGUGCCCAUCCUAAGUGUUCCACUCGUCUCCAGAAAAUGUGGACGCGUUAAUUAUCUCGAGACGGGUUUAUUAGUCACCUGAAUGCGUGUGGUUUCCUCGUCGGUGGAUGGACAUCUCGAUGUUCGCGUCGGUGAUCGGUCACGACAGCCGGCGAAGACAACGUAUGCCGGGAUCGUAAAAUUUGUACGAAUUUCGCAGAAACGUGCGCGACAGAUCUGAAAACGUCAAGGCUCGACGAUAGCAGUGACGGAGACGACAUUCUCGGAUAAUCUCGGACGCCACAGGUUUUCCUAUGUGCCAUCUCCGCGCGGACGUUGCACGAUUACGUUUUGAGACACCUGGGACUGCCGCGUGUCAUCCCGACAAUCAUGGACGUUGAUUGUCCGAUCAUUAGUCUGAAGCGAUCCAGCAGCGCGCCGAUGAUUAACGAGAUCAGCGCGACCAUGUCCAUUACUACACCGUCAACAUCGUCCUCGAGGGACGCUGUGUCAACCUAUAAUAUAUUUGCAAAUUCAACUCGUCUACGACGUUUUAGUACCAGUAGCCCUGGUAAUGUUCCUAGAUUGACACCACGCGUGAGUCAGUUAAGACAGGAAGAAUGCGUGGAUGUCGCUGGCCGGGAGGCAGCACACGAGAAGGAAAUUCAUAGUGCCAUGCAGAUAUCGCAAUCAUGGGAGGAUCUCACUUUGGAGGCGGAAGGAUUAUCAUUCAAAGAUUCAGAGUCUCCCACGCAGCUUAACAAAAUAGAACGACCGAAGAGGCCAUUGGAUCCUCUAAGUUUAAAUCUGUCUAUCACCGGUUCACCGCUGUGUUCUUCACCUUCCCCUACAAGAUCUGGAUUUAAUCAAAGACAGUGUUACUCUCCUGGAAUUCACAUCUGGAAGAAUAAUUUGUCUCCUAGUCCUACUAGAAAGGCAUUUGCUACGAGACGCAGUUUGAGUCCUAUCGCGAUAAGGCCGAGCUGUUUAGGGCCAGUCAAAAGAAAAUUCGAAUUAGACGAGACUGGAAUGGAUCACAGUUUACAACCACCUGUAAAACGCACUUCUGGUUUAUUAACAUCAGUUGCAUCCAGAUUGGAUGCUCUGUCCAGCCCACUUCCUGGAACUAUCAGUUCCGUGGGCACACCCGAAUCGUUAUCGAGUGCGGAUUCACCUAGUUUCUCUUUCCGACCGGUGGAUAGUCCAUCACCAGUUCGUGUAAAUCCGAAUAGCGAUAGCGAGUCUUUAUCAGAUGUGAGCAAUCAAAGCAAAUUAAUGGAUCAAAUACGUGCCGAUCAGAUCAGUCAGGAUAAUCACAGAUGAACAAGAGAGAUUGUGGGACACGCGAGAGCUUGGAGAUUCGACGUGUCAUAUUAAUUCUUCUCGGCAUAUCGAUGUAAAGGAGAAAGUAUUUGUAUCACGCAUGAAUCCAAAAAUCGCGAGCAUAUUCUUGUUGUUAGUCUUAUCGUAGACAAAGAACAGUAGUGUGACAUGAACUUUUUGGAACUUUAGUGCAAGUACGACAUAAGUUUAGAAGAGAAGCACUUCUAAAUGUGCAUCUCUAAUACUUUUUCGAUGUACGAGUAAGCGUAGCGCCAAUAGUGUUCUUUCCCUUUAAUUAAAUGCUAGCCACACAUAUCGGUGAAAAAACGCUUUACAUGCCUCCGUAUCGUUCCAUAUCUAUGACUGGAAUGAUUUAUUUCCUCUUUUUAUCUUUGAUUAAUUAGCUACACAAUGAUUCUGUAUAUAUCGAUUAAUGUAUGCAAG